AUGUUUAGAUUUCGAAGGGCAAUUAAUCUAUUUAAUAGGAAAGAUGGAUUCAUAACAAAAUUGAAAAACAAACUUCUCAAAGAUGAUGAAGAAGAAAAAUAGAUAAUUCCUCAUUAAACUAUAAAAUAGCCACUUAAUGUGAAAUAAGAGAUCGAACAGUUCAUCUCCUAAUAGACAGAGAUUAGUGAUCUAGAAAGAAUCAGAAUGAAGAAUUUAGAUAAUAAAUUAGGUACAAAUACUCAUUUUCAUGAAAUUCAAUCAUAUGAGGAAAGAUUGGAUUCAGAUAAUGUGAUGAGAAGACAAGUGUUAGCAAGAAGAGAAUUACAAAAAGAAAAAGAUUUGGCAGUUGCACAUUUAUUUGAUCCAGAUCCUCAACAGAAAGCUAAAACUCCUUGGAUUCGAAAUAUCAAUGAUUUUACAUCAGAAGCCAUCAAAUAAAGUACAAUCCACCUUAAAAUAUAUUAGUUCCGUAUCCAUAGCAUCCUAAAUUGUUCUCAGAGGGAGAUUUCUUCAGAUAUUUUGAAGAAAAGCAUUAUGAAGUUGAUAAAGUUGCUCAAUUUGACUUUUCAGAAUCACUAUACACUUAAUUAGUCUAAAUCUAAACUUUGAGAAGGGAAGAAACAGUUAAGCAUAGAUACUUUGAAUUACUAGAUUGUUAUCAAAAUAUUCCUAUCUUAUUCAAUGAUUACACAUACUUUAGCAAAGAUUCAAAAGAGGGUCAUCCACCUUAUAAUGUAUACAAGAGAAAAAAUGAAAGUAAGAGUUUAUAAUCUAUUAAAUGAGAGCAGCAAUUUAGCCAAAGAACUUAUUAAAGAUGAUGAUGAGUUGGUUUUCAGUGGUAAAAUAAUAGCAGAUCUAAUUCCUAAACAUUAUGAAGAUCUAAUCCUAGAUAUUGAAGUAUUUUUAAUUUGUCAAUUUAAAAGGAAGAGAAAUUUCAAACCUUAUACAAGGAGUUCUUGCCUAAUCAAACUCAUGAUACUUACGGGUGUGUAAUUGAAUAGUUAGGCUUAACUUUCUUGAUUGUUCGUUCAGAUAAAAUUCAAUUGGUUUUAGAAAAUGUUGAUAACACUUUUGCAUUUAUUGAAAAUUAUCUCUAUUACAUUGAAAAAUCUGAUCUUGAUCUUUAAAAGUAUGUAUUGAAAUUAAACUUGUAAAAUUUUGAUGAAAGGACAAUAAUAUAUCAAAUAUCCCCUGGUGAAAAUGUUAAAAUAAAGAAUUAUGGUAUUGGAAAGGCCGCCAUUGAAGUUUAAAUGUCAAAUGAAAACAAAUUUAUAGAUUUGAAUGGACAAGAUAUUGUAACCUACAAACAAGGAUAUAAAUUCAAUAUAGAUCAAAAUGCAGUUAAUACAUUUGUAAGUUCAGCUCCAUUAGAAGAGCAACCAAAAGAGAUUCGAACAAGAGAAGGCCAUCUAGUCUAUGAAUGUAAACAGGGUAUUAUUCGAUCUUUCUGUGCUCAUGAUCACUUUCUAGCAAUUUUGGAAAGAGACCUAAAAAGCUAAAUUCCAGAUAGAUUAAUUGUUAAAAAAGAAAAAUAGGCACAUGAAAUGAUUAUACAAGAAUCUCAAUAUUCAAUUAAUUUAGAGUCUCAUUAGAUUAAGGAAUCUAAUAGUUUAUAUUUCCAUUUGAUUUGUCCUUAUAAGCCAUUUCAAAUACUGAAAUAUAAUAUUGACAUAAAGGCUAUAUCUUUACAUUUCUCUGAAUAAUUGCCAGGGUUUGAUUAUAAUAAUCUUUAAGUUGAAACUUUUAAGAUAUCAGAGGAUUUUAAUGUUUGUUUAUCGUAUUUAUAGGACUUGCCUGUUUAAUUUGUCUUAAUUCAACUAAUAGAUUAAGAAUAAUACUAAUCUUUAACUUAAGAAGAUGUGGUUCUUUAUGAGAAUGGUUGCGCAAUCUGUUAAAUCAUUGUUAAUCCUAGUUGUUAAUAAUAAGUUUUGGAAAAUCUUCAAAAAGUAUUUUAAGAAGUUUCAGUACUUUCUGAUAAAGUUAUAUUAAAAACUAAGGGAGCAUUAUCUGGUUUGAUUGGGAGUUAUACACACUUCUUUGUUCAAUAAUUUUAUGCAUUUUUGUGUCAUGUAUAAUAAAUUAAUAGAUUAGAAUGGUUUAUUUGAUAAUUCAAAAAACAUGAUUGAUUUGCCAAUUAGUUCUUAUGAUAUUACGAGGGUUCCUAGUUUGAGAAACACCUUUAUAAGUUAUACAUCGAAUGACGAAUUGACUUACCAAUCUUAGAAAAUGGUUGCAUUGUUGAGAGAAAACAAAGACAAUAAAGUAGAUUUGAAGUAUUAAAUUUAUUAAUAAUGUAGAAAGGAGUUUGGAGUUGUAUUGUAAUAAUGUGAGUCAGAUGUAGAUGAGGCUAUCUUUAGAUUAACAUUUUUAAUGUCUGUUUUAUGA